UCGGCGGCCGCCGGCGGGCUGUGCGCAUGCGCAAGCCGCUGGCGGCGGCGGCGGGUGCUUUUCGGCGUCCUCGUUCCUGCCGUCGUCGUCGCGGCCCGCCGCGGUCCGCGGGGCCGCCAGCGACCUGGCGGCGCGGGCACUCGGGCCCGAGCGACUGUGGGCGGAGAAACAAGAGAUAAUUGAUUCCAUUAUGUGUGCGUCAGCCAAAUAUAACACCCGGGGUCCAGCCCUCAUUCCAAGAAUGAAAACCAAGCAUCGCAUCUACUACAUCACUCUCUUCUCCAUAGUUCUGCUUGGCCUAAUUGCUACAGGAAUGUUCCAGUUCUGGCCUCACUCCAUUGAGUCAUCAAGUGACUGGACUGUUGAAAAACGCAGUGUCCAUGAUGUGCCUGUGGUCAGGCUUCCCGCUGAUAGUCCCAUUCCUGAGCGAGGAGACCUCAGCUGUCGGAUGCACACCUGCUUCGAUGUCUAUCGAUGUGGCUUCAAUCCCAAAAACAAGAUUAAGGUAUACAUCUACUCACUGAAGAAGUAUGUGGAUGAAUAUGGGACAUUGGUCAGCAAUACCAUUUCCAGGGAAUACAAUGAGUUACUAACUGCCAUCUCUGACAGUGACUUCUACACUGAUGAUGUCCACCGGGCCUGCCUUUUUGUGCCAUCCAUAGAUGUUCUCAAUCAGAACACGCUCCGCAUCAAGGAGACAGCUCAGGCUUUGGCACAGUUAUCCAGGUGGGACCGAGGCACAAAUCACUUACUCUUCAAUAUGCUGCCUGGGGGGCCACCAGAUUAUAACACUGCACUGGAUGUUCCUAGAGAUAGAGCUCUGUUAGCUGGUGGAGGCUUUUCCACGUGGACUUACCGGCAAGGCUAUGAUGUCAGUAUUCCUGUUUACAGCCCCUUGUCUGGGGAAGUGGAUCUGCCAGAAAGAGGACCAGGUCCUCGCAGGUUUUUCAUUCUGUCAUCUCAAAUGGCUUUGCACCCAGAAUACCGUUCUGAGUUGGAAGCUCUUCAAGCUGAGAAUGGGGAAUCAGUGUUGAUCCUAGACAAAUGUACAAAUCUGUCGGAUGGGAUCCCUGCUGUUCGCAAACGCUGUCACAAGAAUCAAGUGUUUGAUUAUCCUCAAGUACUUCAGGAAGCUACAUUCUGUGUCGUUCUACGUGGAGCCCGCCUGGGACAGGCUGUGUUAAGUGAUGUUCUUCAGGCCGGCUGUGUGCCGGUCAUCAUUGCUGAUUCCUAUAUUUUACCUUUCUCUGAAGUUCUGGACUGGAAGAGGGCCUCUGUUGUCAUCCCAGAAGAAAAGAUGCCUGAAAUGUACAGCAUUCUGCAAAGUGUUUCUCAGCGACAGAUUGAAGAGAUGCAAAGACAGGCAAGGUGGUUCUGGGAAGCAUAUUUUCGAUCAAUGAAAGCAAUUGCUCUUGCUACUCUUCAGAUUAUCAAUGAUAGAAUUUACCCAUAUGCUGCCAUUUCUUACGAAGAAUGGAAUGAUCCCCCAGCUGUGAAGUCAUCUUUUCAAUGCUCCCAGUCUUUUCUGGAUUUGGGAGCAUGGAAGAAAUGGAGCAGUGUAAGUAACCCACUCUUCCUUCCACUGAUCCCACCACAGUCCCAAGGUUUCACAGCUAUAGUUCUGACCUACGACCGGGUGGAGAGCCUUUUCCGAGUCAUCACUGAAGUGUCUAAAGUGCCUAGUCUAUCCAAAUUAUUAGUUGUCUGGAACAACCAGAAUAAGAAUCCACCAGAAGAUUCCCUAUGGCCAAAGAUUCGUGUUCCACUGAAAGUUGUUAGAACUGCAGAAAACAAACUUAGUAACCGCUUCUUCCCCUAUGAUGAGAUUGAAACAGAAGCAGUGUUGGCUAUUGAUGAUGAUAUCAUUAUGCUAACCUCGGAUGAACUCCAGUUUGGAUAUGAGGUUUGGCGCGAGUUUCCUGACAGGUUGGUUGGAUAUCCGGGUCGCCUGCAUCUUUGGGACCAUGAGAUGAACAAAUGGAAGUAUGAAUCAGAAUGGACCAAUGAAGUCUCGAUGGUGCUGACUGGGGCAGCAUUUUAUCACAAGUAUUUUAACUAUCUUUACACCUAUAAAAUGCCUGGAGACAUCAAGAACUGGGUGGAUGCUCAUAUGAACUGUGAAGAUAUUGCCAUGAAUUUUCUGGUGGCAAAUGUCACUGGCAAAUCAGUCAUUAAGGUGACCCCACGGAAGAAGUUCAAAUGUCCAGAAUGCACAGCAAUCGAUGGGUUAUCACUGGACCAGACACACAUGGUGGAAAGAUCUGAAUGCAUCAAUAAAUUUGCCUCUGUCUUCGGGACCAUGCCUCUGAAAGUGGUGGAGCACCGGGCUGACCCUGUCCUGUACAAAGAUGACUUUCCUGAGAAACUGAAGAGCUUUCCCAAUAUUGGCAGCUUGUAAAGGCAGCUGUGAGACAAACCUGUGUGCUGAAAAGGUGCUAAGAGGAAUAUGAGGCCCCGAAGAAAAUAAUGCAAUAAAGUGGGUUGCAUCUGAGGGAGAUGGGAAUUAACAUUGUGUUCUGGUAUAUCAGUUCUCCCUUCACAUUGCGCAAAUGUGUAAUGGAAAAUUGAACAACUGCUUCUCUGUUGCAUACAAAGGAUUGAAUCUAUUCAUGGGUCCUACCAGAAAUGUCAAAACAAACACUUUUUCUCCAAAGGAGGCUGUGCACCUGCAAGAAUAAAACAGAAUCUCACUCUGUGGUCUGACUGGCAUGACUGACCUCUUCUUUUGAAUGUGCUGAAGCCCUCUUUGAUGUGUAAGCAUCCAUCCAUUUGAAGCAACUGUCUGCUGCUGUCUUUUGGAAUGAGCUUAUUUCCUAUGGGAUUGGUGGGCCUCUGUCUCCUGAGCUUAAUUGUUGGCUUAAGUAACUGUGUAACAAAUGGCUAUUUCUGCGUAGUGAGACACAUGUUUAUUUUUUACUACAGCAGCAGCAAAAAUCUGCAUUUUGUCACAUGGCUGGAAGAACAAAGUAUUUUAUAUUACUUGAAAAUUAUUUUAAUGCAAGUUGGGACACAUAGCGGCUAGGAGGAUGGUCUCCGUUAAAGCGCAGAGACCUGCAGGUUAGAACUCAAGUUGCUGCAUCUCUUCUUUCUGCAGAAAUCUCAGGUUUUCUGCUGUGUCCAUGCAAGAGAAUGUGACUCACAUGUCAAAAUUAGUCAUACUAUAAGAAGAAAAUGUAUCUUUCAGUCUGACUAUAUUUUUCCUUUUCAUUAUCAAUAUGGAGCAGUCAGGUUAUAGUUUUACAUCAUAGUGAUACGUUGGAACAACAGCUAUGAAUUAACAUUUGAACAUCCUCUUCAGCAGUCAGUGUGUUGUAGUACUUAUUUGUAAAAACACUUCAAUUUACAGAAAUUCCCAGUUCCAGCUUUGAUGUGCAGGGAUGUGUGUAGGUGCAACACACUUGUACCUUAUAGACACAUGUACACUUAUAGAUUGAACUCCUGUAAAUUAGCACUGUUGGAAAAACUGCUGGGUCUUAGCUUGCAAUUUAACUAAAGAACCCAUGGCCACAGGCUGCCACUGAAGCAAACAGCUUAGGAAAGCUUUUAGAGAGACUUUAAAUUUCUAAUGAAAAUUGGAAUUGUUUCUCAAAACUGAAAUUAACCUGACUUAAAAAUUAGAUGCAGCAAAAUUAGAAAUAAAAUUGCCCGGACCAAAGGACCUCUUGUACUUUGAUGUUAGAGAUGAUCCGAAGUUGGACUGAGAAAGAAAUCUUUCUUCAGGCUUCACUGGUAAAAUGUCUGUUACCAGAUGAGGGUGAAUUCACCUUCUCUUGAAAUCUUCUCUUGCUGCCAGUUACAGAGAUCUUCUACUCGAUGGGCCGUUUUUCUGUUACACUAUGAGCAACCUUAUUCCUCAGAUUUUGCCAAAACCCCAAACAAUGGGACAAGUGUUAGGCAUCACAAUUCACCCCCUCUCCUAAACUGGAUAGGCAGCAAUGACAGAAACCAAAUGAAAGCCAGGCUAGAAACAGGAAACAUCUGCUCCUAUUUGUCUCACCCCCACUAAAAGUUAUCUUAUUGCCCAAUGCAGUGGAUGUGCUGUGAAUGAAAAUCAUAUUGGAACAAUAGCUCUGAGGGGAUGCUUCACUUCAUAACUCCCCUGGGAUGUGCCUGUAAACUGCAUCAUCCAAUUCUCUGGGAACGUUUAAUUACUAGUAAAUUCUGGGGUUGUUUUUCAGUGUAGUCUUUGUUUCAUCACUUACUUGCAGUGGGAGGAGGUAUUAGGAAGGUAGGAGGAUAGCUUUUGCAGUGACAACAACUGCUGUCUGCACAGUGGGUAUUACAAGAUAGAGGAAUGCUUUGUUGCUGGCUAUUUCUCCUUCGCAGUCCCUCAUGUUCGCUCACGUGAACUUUCUUUCUGAAUCUUUCUGCUGGUUUAUGUCCUGGUGCUUAAGCGUCAAGAGAUGCCAGUUUAUUUCCCCUGCAAAGUUUGCUUUAAAAGGGAAGCUGUGAUAGCAUAGUAAUCUGUUGAAUUUUAACCUUGCUUUGGAGGCUGAUCUGAGUUUGGCAGACCUUCUCCAGUGUAACAGCAUUGUAACAUCUCCCUUACACAAAGCCGUGAAGCUGCUGCAGUUUCUUGGUUCUUUCUCAGUAAGCCAGGAUUAUGCAUUUUGCACAGUCUUAAAAGACACAGAGGAUUUCAAAUGGUUGCUGGAAUAUUUUUAGGUGGGGAUAGCCUAACAAAGCCUCCUGAAUUGGUCUCUAGUUGCAAGUUAGUAAGAGGCAAUGGGUCCUUCUGUCUGCAUCCCAAAGUACCCGGGCUAAUUCCCCUUCCUCAAAAUGCCCAGUGACCAGUAUCUGUCAUGUUUUGUGCUGUAGCAUUUUACAGCUGCUUUUAUAUGGCAGUCUCAUUUAAAUGGUAAUGUCUAUCUAUCUGUUUCGUGUUAUGGACAAAAUUGGGCAAUUGACAAAUCUGUAAAAUGCCCUGCUUCCCCACCUUGUUUAUAAUUGUGUUGGUUUUGAUGCAAAACCAGUAAAAAUAAGAUGUACCCGUAUGUCUAAUUUGGAAUGGUUUUGUUUUCAGUCAUUAAAUUAAGAUUGUUUUUCACUUUUCAUUGUAUAUAUUUUAUCAAAAAAGGCUAAUAUUGUUAUAUUAAAAAGUAAAUUCAAAGAG